ACUUAAAAAGUGCUUUUAUCCCCUUCUGAUCCUCAGUUUUUUACAUUAUAAAUGGGAGGAUAAUAAUAUUGCAUACUAACAAAGCAAACCAAAGAAGAAGAGCAGUGUAAGAUUAGUGUGCUCUGAUGAUUGUAUCUAAAAGAUGAGUGUGCUGGUUUGUGGAUCGUUCGCAACUCCCCAGAGAGGCCUCCCUAUUGGCUUACGGAGACAGGGUUUUCAUAAUCUAGAUUCUGAAACUGGGUGCCUCUUUCUAAGGAGAUUCUGUAAGGCUCCAACUCCCCACCCUUGACAGCUAUGGCUCUUAGAUUUGGCAACAGGAGGACACUGGUCCGCCUCCGGUAGGGUCUGGAGCGGGAAGCCCCAGUCGGCCUGGUCUCCUUUCUCUCCACGUGUUCUGAACGGGACAAUGUGCGCACCUUUUCUUACUGAAGUUCUCAUCUACCUUGGUUAGCCAGGAUGCAGUUCCCUUCUCUUCUGUUUUAUUCUCCAGGCACUUGUCUCUUUGUUGGUUCCUAUUCUGUCCCUAAACAUGGUGAUACCAGGAAAAUGAAGAGUAGGAUGCACAGGAGAAUGAGAACUGUGGAAAGUUUUUAUUAACUUAGUGUGUCCCAUCAUCCUAUAAAAACUUAAAUUGAGCAAUAAAUAUGCCCUAUAGUAACUUUGAAAUAAAUGUUAUAUCUUAGAUUUCUAUUCUUUUGGGAAAAGUAAUAGGUUAAUGAUUAUUGCAGUGUUUGAAAAUAUUUUGAAAUUUAUUGUAAAAUGGCAUAAACUUUACACAUAAGUAACUUUUACUAAAUGGUCAACUAAGCAAAAGAUUAUGUAUAUAACCAAUAUCUAAUUUAAGAACUGCAUUCAUAAAAUUAUUUUCUAGAACCAGGUUGUCAUUUCAAAGAAUGCACUGUGCUGCAAGUGGUCAAUGCUCUAAGACAGCUCUCCUAUAAAUAAGACCCUGGUCGAAUGUGGCCUGCAUGGUAGGUGCGUGGUAACACACUGCCGCCCCGCAAUUCUAACAUGUCACUACCUGUGUAUCUGCUGAGAAGCUGUGACCUCUGUGCUUGGGAAUAGCUCUACAAAUGCUUGAACUGGUAGAGAUCCAUGGUCACACCUAUUCCUGUUGACAGUCUAUUCACUGCUCAUGACUUGUUGGUACAUCUUCAGAAUACUGGAUUCCUACCUAUAGGCGGCAUGAAAAAAAAGACAAACUAAGCAAGUUUCCUCAGAAGUGCACAACACUGAUGAAAACAGGGUCAUAUGAUUAUAGAUUCGAUACAAAUAAUGAAAUCUUCAUUGUAAAAUGGUUAGAUAACAAUGUGUCACUGUUGGAAUGAACCACUAUACAGGGGAACCACUUGGCAAAGCUCAAUGAUGGAAAAAAGAGUAGAACCAACGUGACUCAACCAAAGGUAUGGAGUUGUAACAAUUGCAGUGGUGGCAGUUAUUCAGUGGAUAAACAUGCCUGGUUUCUAGACAUUCCACUUAUCUUAGAGGUAAAACAUUCUACUGCCCACUCUUCAUUCAAAUAAUUGAGAUGUGUAUUGUAAAUUCAUGAGUUAUUCACAGACUUGUCAACAAAGACAAGAAAGACCUCAUAAAUCUGUUGCAUUUCAAACGAGACACCUGCUUAGCAUACCGAAAACCGUCGUGGGCUCUGGGCUCCCGGGCUCAGUUUGUUCCAGAUUCUUCCCUCCACAAGUGGAUGAACUCUAAGUGCAGGCCCGGUGGUGUGGUGCAGCAGGUUGAGCUGACGCCUGCCACGCCCUGUUCCGUAUCAGAGAGCAGGUCCCAGUUCCCGCUGCUCCACUCCAGCUCCCUGCUAACGUUCCUGGGAAGGCAGUAGAAAGUGGUCGAAGUACUUGGAUCCCUGUCACCCACGUGGGAGACUUGGAUGAAGCUCCUGGCUCCUGGCUUUUGCCUGGCCCAGCCCUGACCCUCUAGGCCACUUGGGGAGUGAACCAGUGGAUGGAAGAUCUCUUUCUCUCUCUCUCACUCUCUUUCUCUGUCAUUCUGUGUUUCAAAUAAAUAAAGUAAAUCUUUAAAUUGAAGAUGUGCAGGGGAAAGCGAUUUAUUCAAAGCACAGGAAAAGUGCAGGCAAACUGGAGAGAGAGAAUGAACAAAAAUCCUAAACACAAAGACUGACCUCAAACAGGGAAACAAACCCUCACAAAGAAACAAAGUCCUCACAAGAGUUAGGCCUCUUUAUACUAUCCGGAGGCCUAGGAGGUGAUGGCUAGGGUGGGGCUUAAUUUGCAUAUUCAAAAGGGCGAGGCUUAAGUGUUGCACAUUUGUAUGUCGUUUUUUUGGGAAAUAUCUAUGUUCUGUCAUCAGGUGUGUGAUAGGAGUGGGAGUGCUCCCCCUGCCCCGGCAAUUUUAUUAUAAUGGCAUAAGGUCAUUGCUGGGACACAUUUUGCAGCCAUACUGGAUAUUUCCAACUAGUGUUGGCUGAACAUUUGCAGUCUUGGGAAACUUGUGGUUUCCACUGCAUGGGAAGGGGGUGUUGGUGGUGCAUGGAAGGCUGCCUGGGGUGGUGUGCAGAAAGGGGACUGUCACGCAGACUGGGCCGGGCUGUCACAUGGGGGCUGGCCACAGCUGUCCCAAGGCUGGGGAUGGGCAGCCAGAGCCAUCUCACAGCGAGUGGCUGUCAAACCGCAGAUCUCUUAGAGCUGUCAGUCAUUGAGGUGCAGGUCUGGUCGUAGGCUAGAGCUGUCAAUCAGCAGAUCAGCUGCAAGUGUCAAACUGCCUUGUGGUUGCACCAGUAGCACUUCACCCAGCUGCCCACAUUAAAACGGUGCCAGGAAACACCAGCAGGAGGAAGAAAGUGUCAUACUGCUGGGUCUGCUACUAUGUAAGACGAUAUCAGAUUUCACGUGAGAAGCUGUGUUAUUCUCAAAUGGCAAGAGCAGCGACUUGUCAAAACAAGCCAUGCCAUGUAGAACUGAUAGCAUCGUGUCAGAAAUUUAAUGUUGUCCUUUGCCUGAAGUGUUUUGCUGCUUCCACUGGAAAUAACUGUUGAACAGGUCAUGACUGCUGUUUCUUUGUCCGUUGUGUAAUGUAUGGAAGAAUAUCGCAGUUGCCUGAUGUCUUACUCAUAGGACAGCUUCUAUAUGUAAGAUUGACUAUAUGUGUAGGACAAUCUGUAUUUUCAUUCUUAACAAUAAUAAAGGACACAUAAGCUCUAGUUUAUGAUUUCGAUCCCGAUUUAAUGCACCUGUAUGAGUUUUGUGGCAAUAUUCAUAGAAUAUUGAGACUUAAUGGGUUAAGCUUAGAAAUACAUCAGAAAUGCAAAACAGGCAUGGAAGGAUGCAGAAAUUAAGAGAUUCUAGGAAGUGAAGGGGCAGUGUGGAAGCAAGUUCUGUUUCCAAAUUUUCAUUUAUUUCAUUUAUUGAAAGGUAGAGAGUGAGAGAGACAGGAGGGAAGAGAGAGAGAGAGAGAGAGAGAGAGAGAGAGAGAGAGAGAGAGAGAGAAAUUUCCCAUUUGCUGGUUCAUUCUCCAAAUGCCCACAACAGCCGGGGCUGGGCAAGUCCAAAGCUGGGAGCCAAGAACUCAGCCAAGGUUUCCUAGGUGGGUGGCAGGGACCUGAGUGCUUGAGCCAACACCUGCUGCCUUCCAGGGUGCUCGCUGGCAGGAAUACCGGAAUUGGGAGCAGAGCAGCCUGGGUUCAAACCAGGCACGCCAAUGUGAGAUGUGGGUGUCCCAAACAGCAUCAUAACCGCUACACCAACUUCCUGUCUCAUAACUUCUUUCUAGAGUUUGCCAGGGAUGUGAUGAGAGUCCAGGUACAAGGAAGACAACACUCCCCCGAGACCAGAGAGAGCUAUCCUUUCCAGAGGUAUCUGAAGGUUAAAAGGAGAAUUUUGAGAAAUACUCUAACUUAAAAAUAACCUCUAACAGGAGAAAUUUGGGGACUGAAGAUUUUCCUGGCAUCUCUCAAACUGAACUGCCUUGAACAGUGCUGACAGCGCUUUUCACAAGAGACGAGCCGGGUUGAUAAUUCUUGGGUUGGUUUCAUUUGUCCAGGAAUUAAACAGGUGAUGUCAUUGAAGUAGGAGGUAUGGUAGUCUCAGCUUUUCAGUGGGGAGUUACAGCAAGGCAGGGCUUUUAAGGAAUAACAUAGACCCUCUACGUUUAAUAUCAUCUUAGAGACGAGCAAACUGAGUUCCAGGAAUUGGGGUAGUGUCUUCAGGAUCAGAGAAUUAGACCGUGGUGUUGCUGGAACUCAAACUCGGGGCCUCUCACCUUGCAAGUCCUGACAUUUCUCGGUGGGGUCAGGCAGUUCUCCACCAAGGAGGUGACGGUUCAUGUGGACGGUGAUAAAGGAGAGAUUACAGUUUUUUCAGCAGGAAGUGUUGGGGAAGCAGCAGAUCAUGCACAUCCCAAGAGCUCCGAAAGGGACCUGUCCUAGAAUGGAGGACAUCGCAGCCAGGCCAGUCCCUAGAUCCUGGAAAGUCUUGGAUCAAACUCUGUUCCGGAUUAUCUUGAUCGCUGCUCUGUUGGCUCCUGUUCUUGGCGACUGUGGUCCCCCACCCCAUUUACUGUUUGCUUCUUCAAUAAGUGAAUUGUCUGAGAAUGAGUACCAAACCGGAACUAUUCUGAAAUACACCUGCCGCCCUGGCUAUACUAGGAACGGUCUAAAUCCAAUUCUUACCUGCAAACCCAGAGGACUGUGGAGCUACGAUACCUUCUGUGUUAAGAAAAGAUGCAGAAACCCAGGAGACUUACCUAAUGGGCAAGUGGAAGUUAAGACAGAUUUCUCUUUUGGAUCACAAAUAGAAUUCAGCUGUUCGGAAGGAUAUAUCUUAAUUGGGUCAACCACUAGUCAUUGUGAUAUUCAAGAAAAAGGAGUUGAGUGGAGUGAUCCGCUCCCCAAGUGUGAAAUUGUCAAGUGUGAGCCCCCUCCAAACAUCAUCAAUGGGAAGCACAAUGGUGGGAAUGAAGACAUCCACACCUACGGCUCCUCUGUCACCUACAGCUGCAAUCCUCGCUUCUCACUCUUGGGCGAGGCCUCCAUCUCCUGCACGGUGAAGAACAAAACAGUAGGCGUCUGGAGCCCAAGCCCUCCUGUCUGCAAAGAAAUCAUCUGUUCUCCGCCAAAUGUUCCACAUGGGAAGAUAAUCUCUGGGUUUGGACCCAUCUAUAACUACAAAGAUUCUAUUAUGUAUACCUGCAUCGAUGGCUUCGUCCUCAGAGGCAGCAGUUUAAUCCACUGUGAGCUUGACAGCAAGUGGAAUCCUUCUCCUCCUGUUUGCGAGCUCAAUAGCUGUCUUGGCUUACCGAAUGUUCCACAUGCUUCCCAGCAAGGCUAUCAGUGGUCAAGAAAAGAGGGCGUGUAUUCUGUUGGAACAGAGUUAAGGUACAAGUGUCGUCCUGGCUACAGACCUGUUGCAGAUGAGCCUAUAAUUGUGACUUGUCAGGAAGAUUUGAGAUGGAGCCCAUUCGCAGGGUGUGAAGCAAUUUGUUGCCCACCCCCGCAGCUGGACAAUGGUGCAAUCACGGAGCAUAGCAGAAACCCUCGGGCCAACAAUUGCACCUAUUUCUUUGGAGACAUAGUUGUCUAUUCAUGUUAUCAGAAGCAAAGGCCACCAGUCACUUGCCGGGCAGACGGCACAUGGAGUCCCCACACACCAUUGUGUGGUCCCAGUUGUGACAGUCCACCUCCCAUUGCCCACGGAUAUCACACGCCAGUGAGUUCCGUGUUGUCCUUCACGCAGGAGGUGGAGUACGACUGUGAGGAAGGCUACACCCUGGUCGGAGAGAGGAAACUGUCCUGCAGUUCCUCCAUCUGGUCCAAGGCACCGCCUCAGUGUAAAGCUCUGUGUCCAAAACCAGAAAUAACGAAUGGAAAGCUGUCUGUGGUUAAAGCCCAGUAUGUUGAGAAGGAAAAUCUCACUGUGCGGUGUGACUCUGGCUAUGGUGUGGUCGGUUCCCCAAGCAUUACCUGCACAGAGAACAGAAACUGGCAGCCAGAGGUGCCCAAGUGUGAGUGGGAGGUCCCUGAAGGCUGUGAGCAGGUGCAGGCAGGCAGGAGACUCAUGCAGUGUCUCGCAGACCCAUACGAGGUGAAGAUGGCCCUGGAGGUGUACAAGCUGUCUCUGGAGAUUGAACUCCUGGAACUGCAGAGGGACAAGGCAAGGAAAUCCUCUGUGCUGGCACCGCUGUGACUUUUCCCCGUAGAGGGGGGAGCGAAAGCCUCCUGCUGCGUUCAGCGCAAUGGGGUCAGGUCAGCCCCGCAGCUCGGGGUCUCUCUGGCACCAAUCUUCGUGGUAGUCAACACUUGUUAAAGUCUAGUGACUUGUGAUUUUGGAACUAUCCAUCCUCCUGUGGCUCAUAUUUUUGCUUUUCUGGACACACCACAUGCACACACAAUGUGUUUUCCCUAUUAAAAAUCUACACAUCCCAAA